GUGAAUGACGAGUUGGUCUCGCAGUCGAGCACUGACAAUCAGCGCGCUGACACGCGCAUCAGGAGCGUCGAGGAGCCGAUGGAACGCUGGCAGGGCAAGGUGGCCGUGGUGACGGGUGCGGCGAGUGGAAUCGGCGCGGCGAUAAGUCAGCGCCUGCUCGAUGAAAAUGUGCAAGUGGUCGGCUUGGACAUUCAAAUCGAUCGGCUGCUAGAAAAGGCCAAGAAGCGGCUGGAGUUAAUGGAGAACGGCAAGUGCGGCAACUUGUUCUAUGCGCUGAAAUGCGACGUUGCCGACGAGAGCGACGUCGCCGCGGCGUUCGAGUGGAUCGUGGAGAAACUUGGCACUGUCCAUGUUUUAGUGAACGACGUCGGAGUUAUCAGCUACACUCCAAUUAUCGAGAGCGACAGAGCAUCGCUUGAACGACUGUUAAAUAUUAAUGUGCUCGCUAUGGCAAGCUGCACAGCUGAGGCCGUCAAAUUGAUGCGUAAAAACGGCGGCGAAGGUCACAUAUUCAACAUCAAUAGUGUACUGGGUCACGAGAUACCCGAAACACCGCUGUCGGACAAGAAAGGUGCCAAUGGCUAUAGCCUGUAUCCCGCUUGCAAGCAUGCGACUGUAGCGAUGACGCACAGCAUCAGACGUGAGAUCAAGCUGACUGGGGCACCUAUUAGGAUUACCAGCAUUAGUCCAGGCCUCGUAAAAACUGAGAUAUCGAAACACUGCGAGGCGUUGAAGGAUUUAUUUGAUAAAAUACCGGCCCUUGAUCCAACUGACAUUGCCGAUGCGCUUAUCUAUGCUUUGGGCACGCGACCAGAAGUUCAGAUCACAGAAAUCACGGUGAGGAGGACUGGAGAACCAUAGGAGCUAUCGGUGAUCUCCGGACGCAAUGGAAAAUCUUCCAAUAAAAAAACUCAAUGUUUAUAUAUCUAUCUGUUAAUUAGUACGAAAUAUUCAUUAAUUGUUUUCCCAUUUUUUGUAAAUAUUUUCAUUUCGAUUAUUAAAAAAUUGCAACUACUCGGA